GCCUACUUUGCGACGUCUCAUGUCAUCAAUCACAGCUCUAUUUCGUGACCCAUUACACCCAACAUGACAGGCUCAAGCGAAGCAACGGAGUCGCAUACCCUCUUCACGAUUCCACAUGUCGCGGCUGCAAUUAUCACCUACUGGAUCGUGGCGACCACCUACAACUUGAUCACAUCGCCAACACCGCCAUCAAGUAUACCAUGGAUGGGCUACGGGAAGGGCUGGAUCGCUGACUUCCGCAAUUUCACUGCGUUGACUAAGAGCAAGGAAUGGCUGUUGGCCGGUUACGACAAGUAUAGUCGCAAUGACAAGGUCUUUGUGUUACCACCAACGCUUGGCAUGGCAGCUGAGAUUGUAAUGCCGCGAAGCCAAAUGGGCUGGAUGUUUGACCAACCGGAUACUGUACUGAGUACAAGUGAAGCGCAUUACGACUUCCUCCAGGGCGAUUACUCAUUCGUCAAGCCGAUCAUACUGAAGGAUCCCUACCAUGAACAUGUAAUUCACAAGAACCUUGUACGCAAUCUCAAUGCGAUCCUCCCGGAGCUUGAAGAAGAGGUACCCCACGCUAUUUCCGAAGUGUAUGGAACGGAUACAGAUAGUUGGAAAAAGCUGGAUGUUAUGGAUUCUUUCAUGAAGAUGAUUCCAGUCCUGACCAACCGCAUGCUUCUUGGCGGUUCCCUCUGUCGCGAGCGCAAAUUUCUGGAUGCGGUAUUGGGUUUUACUGUGGACUGUAUACGUACCCAGAGCCUUAUGCAACUUUUCCCGAAAGCGCUGCACCCAGUGAUCGGGACGUUGUUGAGUCUGACUACAAAGUACCACUACUGGCUGUCAUCGAGAUUCACACUACCCAUGAUCAAGCAGCGCAUCUCAGAUAUCGAGAAAAAGGAUGCUGGGGACCCCGAGUACAAGAACUGGAAAGAGCCGAAUGACUUCAUCAAUUGGAGCUAUCGGACUGCGCAAGCUGAGGGACGACGCGACGAAAUGCAGCCAGAUCGCAUUGCUCAGCGCAUCAUGCCCAUCAAUUUUGCCAGUAUACAUACAACCUCUCUCACGGCUUAUGAGACUAUGGUCAACAUCAUGAGUGCCGGACCAGAAGUGGUCAAGCAGUUGCGCGAAGAAGCGCAUCGCAUUCUUCAAGAAGAGGGAGGUUGGACCAAGCAGGGUCUGAGUCGCAUGCAUCGUAUCGACUCUGCUAUCCGCGAGUCACAACGUGUCGCACCUAUUGCACUUACGUUCGUUCAUCGUAAAGUAGUAGCGAAAGAAGGGGUUACAACACCCGAGGGCGUACAUGUCAAGUAUGGAACGCUUCUCUCAUGUCCAUGGACGCCGCUGGCUGGUGAUACAGACAUACACGAAAAGCCAGAGGAAUUUGAUGCAUUCAGAUACUCGAGGCCUAGGGAAGAGUAUGAGGCGAUGGAUGCGGAAGAAAGAAAGAAGAUCGAUGCGUUGAAACUGAAGCAAACAGGUCUUGUCACCACAGGCGUGCAUCACCUUCCUUUCGGUCAUGGGCGUCAUGCUUGUCCGGGACGUUUCUUUGUUUCCCACGAACUGAAGAUGAUUUUCGCCGACUUGCUACUCAACUACGACAUCAAGCCGCUUGCGGAGAAGCCCAAAAAGAUAUGGGUGAUUAGAUUCCAGGUCCCAAUGCCAGCAACAAUUGAGGUUCGACGUCGGAAGAGUGUAUGGAAACCAGAGACCGCCUCGUGAUUCGCGUAACAACAAUGUAUGAUAUAAUAUAUACAUGGGUACCAUGACUGUGCGGGACUAUCGCACUAGUGCUAGCUUUCUUCUUAUCUUCCUCACUUUGCCAAAGCUGUUCACGCAUCGGCCGAAGAUAGCCACAUACCCAGUUCAACACCCAACUGCCCAGGCUGAUCGUACAUGAUGAGAUGUCCGGCUCCGUCAACCUCUAUUACCUCCUUCGCACUCAACACCUCACCAAGCCUAUGUGCAUCUUUUACAGGAAUCCAAUUGUCCUGCUUGCCCCAAAUGACUUUCACGGACAUGUUCUCCCCCACCUCUGCGUACCGUCCCUCAACCUCUUCCGUACUCCGAUGAGCGGCUUGGCAUAGUUGGCGGACGAACCCUCCCUUGCCACCUUCUGCCAGCCAUGGUGACUUGAGCAUGCUCAUUGUCUUCUCAUCCAGCAUAGUGUACGCAGCGUUCCUGAUAUAUGAUUCGAGGAUACCUUCAAACGAC